CAGGACCCCCGCACGUCGCCACCAUGACCACCCACGUGACGCUGGAGGACGCCCUGUCCAAUGUGGACCUGCUGGAGGAGCUGCCGUUGCCCGACCAGCAACCAUGCAUCGAGCCGCCGCCCUCGUCCAUCAUGUACCAGGCUAACUUCGACACCAACUUUGAAGACAGAAAUGCGUUUGUCACCGGUAUCGCGAGGUACAUUGAACAGGCCACUGUCCACUCCAGCAUGAACGAGAUGCUAGAGGAGGGGCAGGAGUACGCGGUGAUGCUCUAUACCUGGCGCAGCUGCUCCCGGGCCAUCCCCCAGGUCAAGUGCAAUGAGCAGCCCAACCGCGUGGAGAUUUACGAGAAGACAGUGGAAGUGCUGGAGCCGGAGGUGACUAAGCUCAUGAAGUUCAUGUACUUCCAGCGCAAGGCCAUUGAGCGCUUCUGCAGCGAGGUGAAGCGGCUGUGCCACGCGGAACGCAGGAAGGACUUCGUGUCCGAGGCCUACCUGCUGACGCUGGGCAAGUUCAUCAACAUGUUCGCGGUGCUGGACGAACUCAAGAACAUGAAGUGCAGCGUGAAGAAUGACCACUCCGCCUACAAGAGGGCGGCACAGUUCCUGAGGAAGAUGGCGGACCCCCAGUCCAUCCAGGAAUCCCAGAACCUGUCCAUGUUCCUGGCCAACCACAACAGGAUCACCCAGUGUCUCCAUCAGCAACUGGAAGUGAUCCCUGGCUAUGAGGAACUGCUGGCCGACAUCGUCAACAUCUGCGUGGACUACUACGAGAACAAAAUGUACCUAACGCCCAGCGAGAAGCACAUGCUCCUGAAGGUCAUGGGCUUUGGGCUCUACCUGAUGGACGGAAGUGUCAGCAACAUUUACAAACUGGACGCCAAGAAGAGAAUAAAUCUUAGCAAGAUCGAUAAAUUCUUUAAGCAGCUGCAGGUGGUGCCCCUUUUCGGCGACAUGCAGAUAGAGCUGGCCAGAUACAUUAAGACCAGUGCUCACUAUGAAGAGAACAAGUCCAAGUGGACCUGCACGCAGAGCAGCGCCAGCCCCCAGUACAACAUCUGCGAGCAGAUGGUGCACAUCCGCGAGGACCACAUCCGCUUCAUCUCGGAGCUGGCACGCUACAGCAACAGCGAGGUGGUGACGGGCUCCGGGCUGGACAGCCAGAAGUCGGACGAGGAGUACCGGGAGCUCUUCGACCUGGCCCUGCGCGGGCUGCAGCUGCUGUCCAAGUGGAGUGCUCACGUCAUGGAAGUGUACUCCUGGAAGCUGGUGCACCCCACAGACAAGUUCUGCAACAAGGACUGCCCGGGCACGGCUGAGGAGUAUGAGAGAGCCACACGCUACAACUACACCAGCGAGGAGAAGUUUGCCUUCGUGGAGGUAAUCGCCAUGAUCAAGGGCCUGCAGGUGCUCAUGGGCCGCAUGGAGAGCGUGUUCAACCAGGCCAUCCGCAACACCAUCUACGCCGCCCUGCAGGACUUCGCCCAGGUCACGCUGCGGGAGCCCCUGAGGCAGGCCGUGCGCAAGAAGAAGAACGUGCUCAUCAGCGUCCUGCAGGCCAUUCGGAAAACCAUCUGCGACUGGGAGGGGGGCCGGGAGCCCCCCAAUGACCCGUGCUUGAGGGGUGAGAAGGACCCCAAGGGUGGAUUUGACAUCAAGGUGCCCCGCCGUGCCGUGGGACCGUCCAGCACCCAGGCCUGCCAGUGGCCCCCGAGGGCUAUGUUUCACCCCACUGGUGGCGCUCAAGGCCGAAGAGGCUGCCGAUCCCUGCUGUACAUGGUGCGCACCAUGCUCGAGUCGCUCAUCGCCGACAAGAGCGGCUCCAAGAAGACUCUGCGCAGCAGCCUGGACGGGCCCAUCGUCCUGGCCAUCGAGGACUUCCACAAGCAGUCCUUCUUCUUCACACACCUGCUCAACAUCAGCGAAGCCCUCCAGCAGUGCUGCGACCUCUCCCAGCUCUGGUUCCGCGAGUUCUUCCUGGAGCUGACCAUGGGCCGGCGCAUCCAGUUCCCCAUUGAGAUGUCCAUGCCCUGGAUCCUCACCGACCACAUCCUGGAGACCAAGGAGCCGUCCAUGAUGGAGUAUGUGCUGUACCCACUGGACCUGUACAACGACAGCGCCUACUAUGCCCUCACCAAGUUCAAGAAGCAGUUCCUGUACGACGAGAUCGAGGCUGAGGUGAACCUGUGCUUCGAUCAGUUUGUCUAUAAGCUGGCAGACCAGAUCUUUGCUUACUACAAGGCCAUGGCGGGCAGCGUCCUUCUGGACAAGCGCUUCCGAGCCGAGUGCAAGAACUACGGGGUCAUCAUUCCCUACCCGCCGUCCAACCGCUACGAGACGCUGCUGAAGCAAAGACACGUGCAGCUGCUGGGCAGAUCCAUCGACCUGAACAGACUCAUCACGCAGCGCAUUUCGGCCGCCAUGUACAAGUCCCUGGACCAGGCCAUCAGCCGCUUUGAGAGCGAGGACCUCACGUCCAUUGUGGAGCUGGAGUGGCUGCUGGAGGUGAACCGGCUGACCCACCGGCUCCUGUGCAAGCACCUGACCCUGGACAGCUUCGACGCCAUGUUCCGGGAGGCCAACCACAACGUGUCCGCGCCCUACGGCCGCAUCACCCUGCACGUCUUCUGGGAGCUCAACUUCGACUUCCUGCCCAACUACUGCUACAACGGCUCCACCAACCGCUUUGUGCGGACGGCCAUUCCCUUCACCCAGGAGCCGCAGAGGGACAAGCCGGCCAAUGUGCAGCCCUACUACCUGUACGGGUCCAAGCCCCUCAACAUCGCCUACAGCCACAUCUACAGCUCCUACCGGAACUUCGUGGGGCCCCCCCACUUCAAGACCAUCUGCAGGCUCCUGGGGUACCAGGGCAUCGCCGUGGUCAUGGAGGAGCUGCUCAAGAUCGUCAAGAGCCUGCUGCAGGGAACCAUCCUCCAGUACGUAAAGACGCUCAUCGAGGUCAUGCCCAAGAUCUGCCGCCUGCCCCGGCACGAAUACGGAUCCCCAGGGAUCCUGGAGUUCUUCCACCACCAGCUGAAGGACAUCAUCGAGUACGCGGAGCUCAAGACCGACGUGUUCCAAAGCCUGCGGGAGGUGGGCAACGCCAUCCUGUUCUGCCUGCUCAUAGAGCAGGCCCUGUCCCAGGAGGAAGUGUGUGACUUGCUCCAUGCAGCGCCGUUCCAGAACAUUCUGCCCAGAGUGUACAUCAAAGAGGGAGAGCGGCUGGAGGUGCGGAUGAAGCGGCUGGAAGCCAAGUAUGCCCCACUUCACCUGGUCCCCCUGAUCGAGCGGCUGGGGACCCCCCAGCAAAUCGCCAUCGCCCGCGAAGGGGACCUGCUGACCAAGGAGCGGCUGUGCUGCGGGCUGUCCAUGUUCGAGGUCAUCCUCACCCGCAUCCGCAGCUACCUGCAGGACCCCAUCUGGCGCGGCCCCCCGCCCACCAACGGCGUCAUGCACGUGGACGAGUGCGUGGAGUUCCACCGGCUCUGGAGCGCCAUGCAGUUCGUCUACUGCAUCCCCGUGGGCACCAACGAGUUCACGGCCGAGCAGUGCUUCGGGGACGGCCUGAACUGGGCCGGCUGCUCCAUCAUCGUGCUGCUGGGUCAGCAGCGGCGCUUCGACCUGUUCGACUUCUGCUACCACCUGCUGAAGGUGCAGCGGCAGGACGGCAAGGACGAGGUCAUCAAGAACGUGCCCCUGAAGAAGAUGGCCGAUCGCAUCCGCAAGUACCAGAUCCUGAACAACGAGGUCUUCGCCAUCCUGAACAAGUACAUGAAGUCGGUGGAGACGGACAGCUCCACCGUGGAGCACGUGCGCUGCUUCCAGCCGCCCAUCCACCAGUCCCUGGCCACCACCUGCUAGCCGGACCCCCGCCCACCCCAUCCCAGUGACGCCCCGUGGACGCCCCCACCACCCCCACUGGACAUGGAGGGAGGACAAGGAAGAGACUGGAGGGCUGUGGGCA